GAGCCGGCCCCCGCUCUCUCAGUCCUCCGUGGGCUAGCGGACGGCCCGGCUUCCGGCGCCCGUUUCUCUCGCCCGCUCGCUCGCGCGCAGAGUCGGCCCUGAGCGCUGCCCGCGGGCCCCGAGCGCGGCGCCAUGUCGGAGCCCGGCGGCGGCGGCGAGGACGGCUCGGCCGGCCUGGAGGUGUCGGCCGUGCAGAACGUGGCCGACGUGUCGGUGCUGCAGAAGCACCUGCGCAAGCUGGUGCCGCUGCUGCUGGAGGACGGCGGCGAGGCGCCCGCCGCGCUGGAGGCGGCGCUGGAGGAGAAGAGCGCCCUGGAGCAGAUGCGCAAGUUCCUCUCGGACCCGCAGGUCCACACCGUGCUGGUGGAGCGCUCCACCCUCAAAGAGGAUGUUGGUGAUGAAGGAGAAGAAGAAAAAGAAUUCAUUUCCUAUAACAUCAACAUAGACAUUCAUUAUGGAGUUAAGUCCAAUAGCUUGGCCUUCAUCAAACGUACUCCUGUAAUUGAUGCAGACAAACCCGUAUCUUCUCAACUCCGAGUGCUCACACUCAGCGAAGACUCGCCCUAUGAAACGCUGCACUCUUUCAUUAGCAAUGCAGUGGCUCCUUUUUUUAAGUCCUAUAUCAGAGAGUCUGGCAAAGCAGACAGGGAUGGUGAUAAAAUGGCUCCUUCAGUUGAAAAAAAGAUUGCAGAACUUGAAAUGGGACUCCUUCACUUGCAGCAGAAUAUUGAGAUUCCAGAGAUCAGCCUACCAAUUCAUCCAAUUAUUACAAAUGUUGCAAAACAGUGUUAUGAACGUGGAGAAAAGCCAAAAGUUACAGACUUUGGAGAUAAGGUUGAAGACCCAACUUUUCUCAAUCAGUUACAAUCUGGAGUUAACCGCUGGAUCCGAGAAAUUCAAAAAGUGACCAAACUCGAUCGAGAUCCUGCAUCUGGAACUGCCUUACAGGAAAUUAGUUUUUGGCUAAACUUGGAACGUGCAUUAUACCGCAUCCAGGAAAAACGAGAGAGCCCAGAAGUUCUCCUGACUCUGGAUAUCUUGAAACACGGCAAGCGCUUCCAUGCCACCGUCAGUUUUGACACUGACACAGGUCUAAAGCAGGCUCUAGAAACUGUGAAUGACUACAAUCCUCUGAUGAAAGAUUUCCCUCUGAAUGAUUUGCUGUCUGCCACGGAGCUGGACAAAAUAAGGCAGGCACUUGUUGCAAUUUUCACCCAUUUGAGAAAAAUCCGAAACACAAAAUAUCCCAUUCAGAGGGCACUGCGUUUGGUGGAGGCAAUUUCAAGAGACUUGAGUUCUCAAUUACUCAAAGUGUUGGGCACUAGAAAAUUGAUGCAUGUUGCUUAUGAAGAAUUUGAAAAAGUUAUGGUAGCUUGCUUUGAAGUUUUUCAGACUUGGGAUGAUGAGUAUGAGAAACUUCAGGUGUUGCUGAGAGACAUUGUCAAAAGAAAAAGGGAGGAAAAUCUGAAGAUGGUGUGGCGUAUCAACCCGGCUCACAGGAAGCUUCAGGCUCGCCUUGACCAGAUGAGGAAAUUUAGACGCCAGCAUGAACAGCUGAGAGCUGUCAUCGUCAGGGUCCUAAGGCCACAGGUCACAGCAGUUGCGCAACAGAAUCAAGGAGAGGUACCUGAACCCCAAGAUAUGAAAGUAGCCGAGGUUCUCUUUGAUGCUGCUGAUGCGAAUGCUAUUGAGGAAGUAAACCUUGCGUAUGAGAAUGUCAAGGAAGUAGACGGGCUGGAUGUUUCCAAAGAAGGCACAGAGGCCUGGGAAGCUGCAAUGAAGAGAUACGACGAGAGGAUUGACAGAGUGGAGACCCGGAUCACCGCUCGCCUUCGAGAUCAACUCGGCACAGCCAAGAAUGCCAACGAGAUGUUCAGGAUUUUCUCCAGGUUCAACGCGCUCUUUGUCAGGCCUCACAUCCGUGGGGCCAUUCGUGAAUACCAGACCCAGCUGAUCCAGCGUGUGAAAGAUGAUAUCGAAUCUCUCCACGACAAGUUCAAGGUCCAGUACCCACAAAGCCAGGCUUGCAAGAUGAGUCAUGUCCGUGACUUGCCCCCUGUGUCGGGGUCUAUCAUCUGGGCUAAGCAGAUUGACAGGCAGCUGACUGCCUACAUGAAGCGCGUGGAGGACGUCCUUGGCAAGGGCUGGGAGAACCACGUGGAAGGGCAGAAGCUGAAGCAGGAUGGAGACAGCUUCCGCAUGAAGCUCAACACACAAGAAAUCUUCGAUGACUGGGCGAGGAAGGUGCAGCAGCGCAACCUGGGCGUCUCGGGGCGCAUUUUUACCAUCGAAAGUACUCGGGUUCGAGGCCGAACUGGAAACGUCCUUAAACUGAAAGUUAACUUUCUUCCUGAGAUCAUCACACUUUCAAAAGAAGUCCGAAACCUCAAGUGGCUUGGUUUCCGGGUCCCCCUGGCGAUCGUGAACAAGGCUCAUCAAGCAAACCAGCUCUACCCGUUUGCCAUCUCGCUGAUCGAAAGUGUCCGUACUUACGAGAGGACCUGUGAGAAGGUGGAGGAGCGGAACACCAUUUCACUGUUGGUAGCUGGCUUGAAGAAGGAAGUGCAGGCCUUGAUUGGAGAAGGCAUUGCACUGGUGUGGGAGUCCUACAAACUCGAUCCAUACGUACAGCGCCUGGCAGAGACUGUCUUCAACUUCCAAGAAAAGGUGGACGAUCUGCUGAUUAUUGAAGAAAAGAUAGACCUGGAAGUCCGUUCCUUGGAAACCUGUAUGUAUGAUCACAAGACUUUCUCAGAGAUCCUGAACAGAGUCCAGAAAGCGGUGGACGACUUGAAUCUGCACUCCUACUCCAACCUGCCCAUCUGGGUCAACAAGCUUGACAUGGAGAUUGAAAGAAUAUUGGGCGUUCGUCUACAAGCUGGCCUAAGAGCUUGGACCCAGGUUCUUCUUGGACAAGCUGAAGAUAAAGCAGAAGUUGACAUGGAUACGGAUGCCCCACAAGUCAGUCACAAGCCUGGUGGAGAGCCAAAAAUCAAAAAUGUCGUUCACGAGCUAAGAAUAACCAAUCAGGUCAUCUAUUUGAAUCCGCCAAUUGAGGAGUGCAGAUACAAGCUGUAUCAGGAAAUGUUUGCCUGGAAGAUGGUUGUACUGUCUCUCCCCAGGAUCCAGAGUCAGAGGUACCAGGUGGGUGUACAUUAUGAAUUGACUGAAGAAGAGAAAUUCUAUCGGAACGCUUUGACACGGAUGCCUGACGGCCCCGUUGCCCUGGAAGAGUCGUAUUCCGCCGUCAUGGGCAUUGUAACUGAAGUCGAGCAGUAUGUCAAGGUUUGGCUUCAGUACCAGUGUUUAUGGGAUAUGCAAGCUGAAAACAUCUAUAACAGACUCGGGGAAGAUCUCAACAAGUGGCAAGCUCUCUUGGUCCAGAUAAGGAAGGCCAGAGGGACCUUUGACAAUGCGGAAACCAAGAAAGAGUUUGGGCCAGUAGUUAUAGAUUACGGCAAGGUACAAUCUAAGGUGAACUUGAAGUAUGACUCUUGGCAUAAAGAGGUUCUCAGCAAAUUCGGACAGAUGUUAGGAUCAAACAUGACAGAAUUCCAUUCCCAGAUCUCAAAGUCUCGCCAAGAGCUGGAGCAGCACUCGGUGGACACGGCCAGCACCUCUGAUGCGGUGACCUUUAUCACCUACGUGCAGUCUUUGAAACGGAAGAUCAAGCAGUUUGAGAAGCAAGUUGAGCUCUACCGCAAUGGUCAGCGCCUGCUGGAAAAGCAGAGGUUCCAGUUCCCGCCUUCCUGGCUUUACAUCGACAACAUCGAGGGGGAGUGGGGGGCCUUCAAUGACAUCAUGCGGCGGAAGGACUCUGCCAUUCAGCAGCAGGUGGCAAACCUGCAAAUGAAGAUCGUCCAGGAGGACCGGGCCGUGGAAAGCCGCACCACCGACCUGCUGACGGACUGGGAGAAGACCAAGCCCGUCACGGGCAACCUUCGCCCAGAGGAGGCGCUUCAGGCUCUCACCAUAUACGAAGGGAAGUUUGGCAGGCUGAAGGACGACAGGGAGAAGUGCGCGAAGGCCAAGGAGGCGCUGGAGCUGACGGACACGGGGCUGCUCAGCGGCAGUGAGGAGCGCGUGCAGGUGGCCUUAGAAGAAUUACAGGACCUCAAAGGCGUUUGGUCAGAACUCUCUAAGGUCUGGGAGCAAAUUGAUCAGAUGAAGGAGCAACCUUGGGUUUCAGUACAGCCUCGAAAGCUUCGACAAAAUUUAGAUGGCCUGCUGAACCAGCUGAAGAACUUCCCUGCCCGGCUGCGGCAGUACGCGUCCUACGAGUUUGUUCAGCGGCUGCUGAAAGGUUACAUGAAGAUAAAUAUGUUGGUGAUUGAAUUGAAAUCCGAGGCACUUAAAGAUCGCCAUUGGAAACAGCUGAUGAAAAGGCUUCGCGUUAAUUGGGUUGUUUCUGAGCUAACCCUUGGCCAAAUCUGGGAUGUUGACUUGCAGAAAAAUGAAGCCAUUGUCAAGGAUGUGCUGCUUGUGGCACAAGGGGAAAUGGCUCUGGAAGAAUUUUUGAAGCAGAUAAGAGAAGUAUGGAAUACUUAUGAACUUGACUUGGUUAACUAUCAGAACAAAUGCCGCCUGAUCCGAGGCUGGGACGACCUCUUCAACAAGGUCAAAGAGCACAUCAACAGCGUCUCCGCCAUGAAGCUGUCUCCCUACUACAAGGUUUUUGAAGAGGAUGCACUGAGCUGGGAAGACAAGCUGAACCGUAUCAUGGCUCUCUUCGAUGUGUGGAUCGAUGUGCAGAGGCGGUGGGUCUACCUGGAAGGCAUCUUCACAGGCAGUGCGGAUAUCAAGCACCUGCUGCCAGUGGAAACCCAGCGGUUCCAGAGUAUCAGCACGGAGUUUUUGGCUCUAAUGAAAAAAGUAUCCAAAUCUCCCCUUGUUAUGGAUGUUCUGAACAUUCAGGGGGUACAGAGGUCUCUGGAAAGACUGGCAGACCUCCUAGGAAAGAUCCAGAAAGCACUGGGAGAAUACCUGGAAAGGGAACGAUCAUCUUUCCCCAGAUUCUAUUUUGUGGGUGAUGAAGAUUUGCUUGAAAUCAUUGGAAAUAGCAAGAAUGUAGCUAAAUUACAGAAACACUUCAAGAAAAUGUUUGCUGGAGUUUCAAGCAUCAUCCUAAAUGAGGAUAACUCUGUUGUCUUGGGUAUUUCAUCCCGGGAAGGAGAAGAGGUUAUGUUUAAAACUCCUGUGUCAAUUACUGAGCAUCCUAAAAUCAAUGAGUGGCUCACACUGGUAGAAAAGGAGAUGAGAGUCACCCUGGCUAAACUUCUCGCUGAGUCUGUUACAGAAGUUGAGAUUUUUGGUAAAGCAACUUCAAUUGACCCAAACACCUACAUCACUUGGAUUGAUAAAUAUCAGGCCCAGCUUGUGGUUUUGUCAGCCCAGAUAGCCUGGUCUGAAAACGUGGAGAACGCACUGAGCAGCGUGGGUGGAGGCGGCGAUGCGGCCCCCUUGCACUCCGUGCUGAGCAACGUGGAGGUCACCCUGAAUGUGUUGGCGGACUCUGUCCUCAUGGAGCAGCCGCCACUGCGAAGACGGAAGCUGGAACACUUGAUUACAGAGUUAGUUCACCAGAGAGAUGUUACAAGGUCCUUGAUCAAAAGCAAAAUUGACAACGCUAAAUCUUUUGAAUGGCUCAGCCAGAUGCGAUUCUACUUUGACCCGAAGCAAACUGAUGUGUUACAGCAAUUGUCCAUUCAAAUGGCAAAUGCCAAAUUUAACUAUGGCUUUGAGUACCUUGGUGUUCAGGACAAGCUGGUCCAGACCCCUCUCACCGACCGCUGCUAUUUGACAAUGACACAAGCCUUGGAGGCCAGGCUGGGGGGUUCCCCAUUUGGGCCUGCUGGAACUGGGAAAACAGAGUCAGUCAAAGCCCUUGGCCAUCAGCUUGGACGGUUCGUUUUAGUUUUCAACUGUGACGAAACCUUUGAUUUCCAGGCAAUGGGCCGUAUCUUUGUGGGGCUUUGCCAGGUGGGUGCGUGGGGCUGCUUCGACGAGUUCAACCGCCUGGAGGAGCGGAUGCUCUCGGCCGUGUCCCAGCAGGUGCAGUGCAUCCAGGAAGCGCUGCGAGAGCAUUCCAACCCCAACUAUGACAAAACUUCUGCCCCCAUUACUUGUGAGCUGCUAAAUAAACAAGUCAAGGUGAGCCCAGACAUGGCCAUCUUCAUCACCAUGAACCCUGGCUACGCGGGCAGGUCCAACCUUCCUGACAACUUGAAGAAGCUCUUCCGGAGCUUGGCCAUGACCAAGCCUGACCGGCAGUUAAUUGCCCAGGUCAUGCUGUACUCGCAGGGCUUCCGGACUGCCGAAGUGCUUGCCAACAAAAUUGUCCCAUUCUUUAAACUAUGUGAUGAGCAGCUCUCUUCUCAAAGCCAUUAUGAUUUUGGCCUUCGGGCUUUGAAGAGUGUGCUGGUAAGCGCAGGCAACGUGAAGAGGGAAAGAAUUCAGAAGAUCAAGAGGGAGAAGGAAGAACGAGGGGAAGCAGUUGAUGAAGGAGAAAUCGCUGAAAAUCUCCCUGAACAAGAGAUUCUAAUACAGAGCGUCUGCGAGACGAUGGUGCCGAAGCUGGUGGCCGAGGACAUCCCGCUGCUCUUCAGCCUGCUGUCAGAUGUGUUCCCUGGAGUCCAGUACCAUCGCGGGGAGAUGACUGCCCUUCGGGAAGAGCUGAAGAAAGUGUGUCAGGAGAUGUACUUGACGUACGGCGACGGAGAAGAAGUCGGCGGGAUGUGGGUUGAAAAGGUUCUCCAGCUCUACCAGAUCACCCAGAUCAAUCACGGCCUGAUGAUGGUGGGGCCCUCGGGGAGUGGGAAGAGCAUGGCCUGGCGCGUCCUGCUGAAGGCUUUGGAGAGACUCGAGGGUGUGGAAGGGGUCGCCCAUAUCAUUGACCCCAAGGCCAUCAGCAAAGACCACCUCUACGGAACCCUGGACCCCAACACCAGGGAGUGGACAGAUGGGCUCUUCACGCAUGUGCUGAGAAAGAUCAUAGACAACGUGAGAGGCGAGCUGCAGAAGCGCCAGUGGAUUGUCUUCGACGGCGAUGUGGAUCCUGAGUGGGUUGAGAAUUUGAACUCGGUGCUAGAUGACAACAAGCUCCUGACUCUGCCCAACGGAGAGCGCCUCAGCCUCCCACCCAAUGUGCGAAUAAUGUUUGAAGUGCAGGACUUGAAAUACGCGACCCUGGCCACGGUGUCCCGCUGCGGCAUGGUCUGGUUCAGUGAGGACGUGCUCAGCACCGACAUGAUCUUCAACAACUUCCUGGCCCGGCUACGCAGCAUCCCGCUGGACGAGGGGGAGGAUGAGGCCCAGCGGCGGCGCAAGGGCAAAGAGGACGAGGGUGAAGAGGCCGCGUCCCCAAUGCUGCAGAUCCAGAGGGAUGCAGCGACCAUCAUGCAGCCGUACUUCACAUCCAACGGACUGGUCACCAAGGCCCUGGAGCACGCCUUCCAGCUAGAGCACAUCAUGGACCUGACUCGCCUGCGCUGCCUGGGCUCGCUCUUCUCCAUGUUGCACCAGGCCUGCCGCAACGUCGCGCAGUACAACGCCAACCACCCCGACUUCCCCAUGCAGAUCGAGCAGCUGGAGCGCUACAUUCAGCGAUACCUGGUUUAUGCCAUACUCUGGUCCUUGUCUGGAGACAGCCGGCUGAAAAUGAGAGCAGAGCUGGGUGAAUACAUCAGAAGAAUCACGACCGUGCCACUGCCCACUGCCCCCAACAUACCGAUUAUCGACUAUGAAGUGUCCAUCAGUGGAGAAUGGUCGCCAUGGCAGGCCAAGGUGCCUCAGAUUGAAGUGGAGACACACAAGGUGGCGGCCCCUGACGUCGUCGUGCCGACUCUGGACACGGUCCGCCACGAAGCCCUCUUGUACACAUGGCUGGCCGAGCACAAGCCCCUGGUCUUAUGCGGCCCUCCUGGGUCCGGCAAGACCAUGACGCUCUUCAGCGCCCUCCGGGCCUUGCCUGACAUGGAGGUUGUGGGUCUUAACUUCUCAAGUGCCACUACCCCAGAGCUCCUCCUGAAGACUUUUGAUCACUAUUGCGAGUAUAGGCGCACGCCAAACGGAGUCGUUUUGGCUCCUGUUCAACUUGGGAAGUGGCUGGUGUUGUUCUGUGAUGAGAUUAACUUGCCAGAUAUGGACAAGUAUGGGACACAGAGGGUCAUAUCCUUCAUCAGACAGAUGGUGGAGCACGGAGGCUUUUACCGUACCUCAGAUCAAACGUGGGUGAAGCUGGAGAGAAUCCAGUUUGUUGGGGCUUGUAAUCCCCCCACUGACCCUGGAAGGAAGCCCCUCUCCCACAGGUUCUUGCGUCACGUGCCUGUCGUGUACGUGGAUUACCCGGGACCUGCCUCCCUGACGCAGAUCUACGGCACCUUCAACCGGGCCAUGCUGAGGCUCAUCCCGUCGCUCCGGACGUAUGCAGAGCCACUCACUGCUGCCAUGGUAGAGUUCUAUACCAUGUCUCAGGAGAGAUUCACUCAGGACACACAACCCCACUACAUCUAUUCGCCCCGUGAAAUGACGAGGUGGGUGAGAGGGAUCUUUGAAGCACUGAGACCCCUGGAGACUCUGCCUGUUGAAGGCCUCAUUCGCAUCUGGGCACACGAAGCCCUCCGUCUCUUCCAAGACAGCCUGCGUAGCGCCCGCUCCCACUGCCAGCUUCUCAGGCACCACGUGUCAGGACAGUCGCAGUCUCAUCUGUUUACUUGGGAGGAUGAGGAGAGGCGUUGGACUGACGAAAACAUCGACAUGGUUUGCUCUGAAGCACUUCCUAACAUAGACAAAGAGAAAGAUUACAUCCCAGUAGACCAAGAAGAGUUAAGAGAUUAUGUCAAAGCUAGGCUGAAAGUCUUCUAUGAAGAAGAACUUGACGUUCCUCUGGUCCUGUUCAACGAAGUCCUAGAUCACGUGCUGAGGAUUGACAGGAUAUUCCGUCAACCUCAAGGCCACUUACUUCUGAUUGGUGUUAGUGGAGCAGGAAAAACUACCCUGUCUCGGUUUGUCGCCUGGAUGAAUGGUUUGAGUGUCUACCAGAUUAAGGUCCACAGAAAGUACACAGGGGAAGACUUUGAUGAAGAUCUUCGGACAGUAUUGAGACGUUCUGGCUGUAAAAACGAAAAGAUAGCAUUUAUAAUGGAUGAAUCCAACGUAUUAGAUUCUGGAUUCCUGGAGCGAAUGAAUACCCUCCUGGCGAACGGAGAGGUCCCUGGUCUCUUCGAAGGAGAUGAGUAUGCCACCUUGAUGACACAGUGUAAAGAAGGGGCACAGAAGGAGGGCCUGAUGCUGGACUCCCACGAGGAGCUCUACAAGUGGUUCACCAGCCAGGUCAUCCGCAACCUCCACGUCGUGUUCACCAUGAACCCAUCCUCGGAGGGGCUCAAGGACCGGGCGGCCACAUCGCCAGCACUUUUCAACAGGUGUGUGUUGAAUUGGUUUGGUGACUGGUCCACUGAAGCGCUAUAUCAGGUUGGCAAAGAAUUCACAAGUAAAAUGGACCUGGAGAAGCCAAAUUAUAUCGUGCCUGAUUACAUGCCAGUGGUGUACGAUAAGCUGCCACAGCCACCGUCACACCGGGAAGCUAUUGUAAACAGCUGUGUGUUUGUUCAUCAGACUCUCCACCAGGCUAAUGCUCGGCUGGCGAAGCGAGGCGGCAGAACGAUGGCCAUCACGCCCCGCCACUACCUGGACUUCAUCAACCAUUAUGCCAACCUGUUCCACGAGAAGCGCAGUGAGCUGGAGGAGCAGCAGAUGCACCUGAACGUCGGGCUCCGAAAGAUCAAGGAGACGGUUGACCAGGUAGAGGAACUGCGCCGUGACCUGAGGAUAAAGAGCCAAGAGCUGGAGGUAAAGAACGCGGCAGCCAAUGACAAGCUGAAAAAGAUGGUGAAAGACCAACAGGAGGCUGAAAAGAAGAAGGUCAUGAGCCAAGAAAUUCAGGAACAGCUGCAUAAGCAGCAGGAAGUAAUUGCAGAUAAACAAAUGAGUGUCAAGGAAGAUCUUGAUAAGGUGGAGCCUGCCGUCAUAGAGGCCCAGAACGCUGUGAAGUCCAUCAAGAAGCAGCACCUGGUGGAGGUGCGGUCCAUGGCCAACCCCCCUGCCGCCGUGAAGCUGGCGCUGGAGUCCAUCUGCCUGCUGCUGGGGGAGAGCACCACGGACUGGAAGCAGAUCCGCUCCAUCAUCAUGCGUGAGAACUUCAUCCCAACCAUCGUCAACUUCUCCGCCGAGGAGAUCAGUGAUGCCAUAAGGGAAAAGAUGAAGAAAAACUACAUGUCCAACCCGAGUUAUAAUUAUGAAAUUGUCAAUCGGGCAUCCCUGGCCUGCGGCCCUAUGGUGAAAUGGGCAAUUGCACAGCUUAACUACGCAGACAUGUUGAAGCGAGUGGAGCCCCUGCGUAACGAGCUGCAGAAGCUGGAGGAUGACGCCAAGGACAACCAGCAGAAGGCCAACGAGGUGGAGCAGAUGAUCCGCGACCUGGAAGCCAGCAUCGCCCGCUACAAGGAGGAGUACGCCGUCCUGAUCUCAGAGGCCCAGGCCAUCAAAGCAGACCUGGCAGCUGUCGAAGCAAAAGUAAACCGGAGCACUGCUCUUCUGAAGAGUUUAUCUGCUGAACGUGAACGAUGGGAAAAAACAAGUGAGACUUUCAAAAACCAGAUGUCCACCAUCGCAGGGGACUGUCUCUUGUCGGCCGCAUUUAUUGCAUAUGCAGGUUACUUUGACCAGCAGAUGCGUCAGAACUUGUUCACUACCUGGUCCCAUCACCUACAGCAAGCCAACAUCCAGUUCCGCACAGAUAUUGCGAGGACAGAGUAUCUCUCCAAUGCCGACGAACGUCUUCGCUGGCAAGCCAGCUCCCUGCCUGCCGACGACCUCUGCACGGAAAACGCGAUCAUGCUGAAACGGUUCAACAGGUAUCCGCUGAUCAUUGACCCCUCUGGCCAGGCCACAGAGUUCAUCAUGAAUGAGUACAAGGACCGUAAGAUCACACGGACCAGCUUCCUGGACGAUGCCUUCAGGAAGAAUUUAGAGAGUGCACUGAGAUUUGGUAACCCCCUUCUGGUCCAGGAUGUGGAAAGCUACGAUCCAGUUUUGAACCCAGUACUAAACCGCGAAGUUCGGCGAACAGGAGGGAGAGUGCUGAUCACCCUUGGUGACCAAGACAUAGACCUGUCACCAUCGUUUGUCAUCUUCUUGUCCACCCGGGAUCCAACUGUUGAGUUCCCACCAGAUCUCUGUUCCCGAGUGACUUUCGUGAACUUCACAGUCACCCGGAGCAGUUUACAAAGCCAGUGUCUAAAUGAAGUACUUAAAGCAGAAAGACCCGACGUGGACGAAAAACGGUCCGAUCUUCUUAAACUCCAAGGGGAAUUUCAGCUGCGUUUACGUCAGCUGGAGAAGUCCCUGCUGCAGGCUCUGAACGAGGUGAAAGGGCGCAUUUUGGAUGAUGACACGAUCAUAACGACGCUGGAGAACCUGAAGAGAGAGGCUGCCGAGGUCACCAGGAAGGUAGAGGAGACGGACAUCGUCAUGCAGGAAGUGGAGACGGUGUCCCAGCAGUACCUGCCGCUCUCCACCGCCUGCAGCAGCAUCUACUUCACCAUGGAGUCCCUCAAGCAGAUACACUUCCUGUACCAGUACUCCCUGCAGUUCUUCCUGGACAUUUAUCACAAUGUCCUGUACGAGAACCCGAAUCUGAAGGGCAUCACUGACCACACGCAGCGCCUCUCCAUCAUCACGAAGGACCUCUUCCAGGUGGCGUUUAACCGGGUGGCCAGAGGCAUGCUGCAUCAGGACCACAUCACCUUCGCCAUGCUGCUGGCGAGAAUCAAGCUGAAGGGCACCGUGGGGGAGCCCACCUAUGAUGCUGAAUUCCAGCACUUCUUGAGAGGGAAGGAGAUCGUGCUUAGUGCUGGCUCAACCCCCAAAAUCCAGGGCUUGACUGUCGAGCAGGCAGAAGCAGUUGUGAGGUUGAGCUGUCUUCCUGCAUUUAAAGAUCUGAUCGCAAAGGUUCAAGCAGACGAGCAAUUUGGCAUCUGGCUGGACAGCAGCUCCCCAGAGCAGACCGUGCCAUACCUCUGGAACGAAGAAACACCUGCAACUCCCAUCGGGCAAGCCAUCCACCGCCUGCUCCUGAUCCAGGCGUUCCGGCCUGACCGCCUGCUGGCCAUGGCCCACGUGUUUGUUUCAACAAACCUCGGAGAGUCCUUCAUGUCCAUCAUGGAGCAGCCGCUGGACCUGACCCACAUCGUGGGCACAGAGGUGAAGCCAAACACUCCUGUCCUGAUGUGCUCUGUGCCUGGGUAUGACGCCAGUGGGCACGUUGAGGACCUUGCAGCUGAGCAGAACACGCAGAUCACGUCCAUCGCGAUCGGCUCCGCAGAAGGCUUUAACCAAGCAGACAAGGCGAUAAACACCGCUGUGAAGUCGGGCAGGUGGGUGAUGCUGAAGAACGUGCACCUGGCCCCGGGGUGGCUGAUGCAGCUGGAGAAGAAGCUGCACUCCCUGCAGCCGCACGCCUGCUUCAGACUCUUCCUCACCAUGGAGAUCAACCCCAAGGUGCCUGUGAACCUGCUGCGCGCGGGUCGCAUCUUCGUGUUCGAGCCUCCCCCAGGGGUGAAGGCCAACAUGCUGAGGACGUUCAGCAGUAUCCCCGUCUCUCGGAUAUGCAAGUCUCCCAACGAGCGUGCCCGCUUGUACUUCCUGCUGGCCUGGUUCCACGCCAUCAUCCAGGAGCGCCUGCGGUACGCGCCGCUGGGCUGGUCAAAGAAGUACGAGUUUGGAGAGUCUGAUCUGCGGUCAGCCUGCGACACGGUGGACACGUGGCUGGACGACACGGCUAAGGGCAGGCAGAACAUCUCGCCAGAUAAGAUCCCUUGGUCCGCGCUGAAGACCCUGAUGGCCCAGUCCAUUUACGGCGGGCGUGUGGACAACGAGUUUGACCAGCGUCUGCUCAACACUUUCCUGGAGCGUCUGUUCACAACCAAGAGCUUUGACAGCGAGUUUAAGCUGGCGUGCAAGGUCGACGGCCAUAAGGACAUUCAGAUGCCGGACGGCAUCAGGCGAGAGGAGUUUGUGCAGUGGGUGGAGCUGCUCCCGGACACCCAGACGCCCUCCUGGCUGGGCCUGCCCAACAACGCCGAGAGAGUCCUCCUCACCACGCAGGGCGUGGACAUGAUCAGCAAGAUGCUGAAGAUGCAGAUGCUGGAGGAUGAAGACGACCUGGCCUACGCCGAGACCGAGAAAAAGGCGAGGACGGACUCCACGUCCGACGGGCGCCCGGCCUGGAUGCGCACGCUGCACACGACCGCGUCCAACUGGCUGCUGCUCAUCCCCCAGACGCUGAGCCACCUCAAGCGCACCGUGGAGAACAUCAAGGAUCCUCUGUUCAGGUUCUUUGAGCGAGAAGUGAAGAUGGGCGCCAAACUGCUUCAGGACGUGCGCCAGGAUCUCGCAGAUGUCGUCCAAGUGUGUGAAGGAAAGAAAAAACAGACCAACUACUUGCGUACACUCAUCAACGAGCUGGUGAAAGGGAUCUUGCCUCGGAGCUGGUCCCACUACACGGUGCCUGCGGGCAUGACCGUCAUCCAGUGGGUGUCCGACUUCAGCGAGCGGAUCAAACAGCUCCAGAACAUCUCGCUGGCGGCUGCGUCGGGCGGCGCCAAGGAGCUAAAGAACAUCCACGUGUGCCUGGGUGGCCUGUUCGUGCCUGAGGCGUACAUCACGGCCACCAGGCAGUACGUGGCCCAGGCCAACAGCUGGUCCCUGGAGGAGCUCUGCCUGGAAGUCAAUGUCACCACCUCACAGAGUGCCACCCUGGAUGCCUGCAGCUUCGGGGUCACAGGUCUGAAGCUGCAGGGGGCCACGUGCACCAACAACAAGCUGUCCCUGUCCAGCGCCAUCUCCACCGUGCUCCCCCUGACACAGCUGCGCUGGGUCAAGCAAACGAACGCAGAGAAAAAGGCCAGUGUGGUGACCUUACCUGUCUACCUGAACUUCACCCGAGCAGACCUUAUCUUCACUGUCGACUUCGAAAUUGCUACGAAAGAAGAUCCUCGCAGCUUCUACGAGCGUGGCGUUGCAGUCUUGUGCACAGAGUAAAACUGAACUUUUCUAGCUUCCCCUUGCUGUAAAAGUCAAUAUUUAACAUUUAUUCAUUAUUAAAACAUUUGGAAGGUAUGAACUUGUGAAAAGAAAGUAGUUGGCUUGAGAGUGGAGGAAACUGAAUGGAAUCUGACGGUUAGGAGUGGUGGACAUUGGAAAGAUCCAAGUAGGUGUUUUUAGAGGGUUGAUAGCAUGGCUCAUUUUAUGAAAUAAAACACUAAGCAUGA